CCUUCACCUUCACCUUCACGGCAGCGGGAUGACUCUCCAGUUCCCAGCUCAAUAUAUAGUCCACUCCCCGAUCUCCCCUGGCUGUAGUAAGCUAACUCCCCAACCGGUCCUCCUCUGUUCUCAAGGGAAAAGCUCAUUCUGAUGGCCGUUUUCCGUUCCCGGACCUCUGCUCUGUUUCUUCUUCUUCUUGUUCUUCUAUUUCAUCUUCCUCUGCUCUUUUCUGGUCGCGAAUUGGAGAAAAAACAUGUUCACGGGGCAGACAUGGGGUUGAACAGCUAUCGCCAUAUGCUCAAAAUGAAGUCUCUAGUCCCAGCAUCUACCUGCAACCCUCCUCCCACAGAACGAGUUGGAUCACUACCUUUAGUUCACAGGCAAGGGCCCGGCUCACCGCUCCUCGAGGAAAGGCCGCAACGCCGCAACUCAACCUUGAUAUUCCUGUGGGACCAGCCUCGAAUUAACUCCAUCAGACGUUCUCUCGCCUCAUCAUCAUCAUCACCUUCCAGCAUUGGAAAUGACCUUGAUGGCACUAACCUCAGGAUACCUGUUAUCCCCUCUGAAGGGGGAAGGGAGUACGUGGUCACAGUUGGCCUCGGCACUCCCACACGUGAUCUUCCAAUGAUAUUUGACACAGGUAGUAACCUGACGUGGACCCAGUGCCUGCCCUGCCCUACUCAAGGCUGCUGUCCCCAGAUUGACCGUUGUUUUGAACCAUCCAAGUCCUCCACCUACUCCGACCCAUCAUGCUCUCCGAGUUGCAACUACAGUGCCUCCUAUGCAGAUAACUCCUUCUCCUAUGGAUACUAUGCGCAGGACACCCUCACGCUUAGUGCCGAUUAUACAUUUCCAAACUUCAUCUUUGGCUGUGGACAGAACAAUAGCGAUGGUUUCAGCAACAACGCCGGCAUUUUAGGCCUUGCUCGAGGUGAUUAUUCCUUGAUUUCACAAACGACAAGCACUUUUGCACUGAUUUUCUGCUAUUGUAUUCCUCCCACAUACAAUGGACAGGGCUACCUCCUUUUUGGUAUGGGAGCUCUUAAAAACUGCCAAACCAAUCAGUACACCAGUAUCUUGCCUGACCAGACUAAGCCGUCCUGGUACUUCGUCGAACUCCUUGGAAUCACCAUUGGGAAUCAAACACUAGAGUUUUCAGAGUUGGUACCGUCAUCUUCUUCUUCUAGGACUAUAAUCGACUCCGGGACCACUAUCAGUCGCCUUCCUCCCUCAGUCUACGCAGCACUUCGGGAUGAAUUCAAGAAAGAGAUGUCAGAGUAUCCCGUUGCUCGGCAACACCUGCCUUCUCUAGGCUUGGAUACGUGCUAUAACCUCGAGGGUUAUGACAGCGUGGCCUUACCGAAGGUGGUUCUGAAUUUCGAUGGUGCCGAUGUCAAUGUUGACCCAUCUGGAGUUGUUUGGAGGGAGAGCGACUCUCAAGUCUGCUUGGCUUUCACACCAAAGGAGAAGGAGAAUGACCAGACCAUAAUUGGCAGCACGCAGCAGAGGAACCUCAACAUUCUAUACAACAUACAGGAGAACAAGGUUGAGUUCGGGACUGGCAGCUGUGGCAGUUGAAAAAGGGCUAUAAAAUGCCCAGGAUGUUAGUAAUAUUACAUGAAGCUUGGGCAAAGAUUGUUGUGUGUCGGAAGAACUCCUAUCAUAUAUGAAAGAAGGAAAAAAAAUGAUUCUAGCAUGAUAUUUUUUUUUUCAUGUUGUCAGUCGUCUACAACCUCAGCAUGUACCAAUUUUAUGUUCUUAGAUCAAUUGGCAAUGAAUGAUAUGGUCAUUUGAGAUUUCA